AUGGCUUCGUCCACAGAGGCCAGAGAGCUGGAGCUCGUUGGCAAAGUGGAGAUGCGUAUAGCUCUUGCAAAGGAUGAUAAAUUGGAGUCGAUGCUGAAGAUAUAUCUCUCACCGCUGCUCCUGAAAUUAGCUAGUGACUAUGCUGCUGUCCGGAACAAGGUGAUAUCCACGUGCCAACAUAUCAAGAUUCGUCUCGCUGGAAAUCCGGAGAUUGUUUUGCCGGUAGCGGCGCUCUUGAAGCAGUACAAGGAAAACCCGGAGUCAUCCAUGAUCCGCCACUUCGACCUCAUGUUCAUACAGCAGAGUGUUGGCAAACUAUCGUCUACAGAGCAAAUGAACUUGCUGCCCACGAUAUUACACGGACUAGCCAAAGACUCAGGAAAGCCAACUUGUGCCACCCUAUUUAAUCUAUUUCUACGCUUAUUACCACGCCUUAAACUACCUCUGCGUGGAAGCAAGGAAGACAGCGAGCUGAGAAAGCAGCUUGGACUUGAUGAGCAUGUGGAAGACGCGAGAUUCGUUGCCACUUGGUUCGGCAAACUUAUGCUCCUCACAGUGGUUCGCUCUACGGCGUCUGGUGUUACCUGCCCUGGACUUACAGUCCCAGAGUACGAGUUCCUGACGUUAAACGGAAAGCAAGAGACUUGGGAUCCUACCUCUGAUGAAGGUCUCAAUUUGGCACAAUCAAAAAUUGGAGUUCUGGGAUUUCUGGCGAGUGGCGCUUUCACUGAUGACGAGCGGUUCUUGCCGGCUUUGUUUGCAUCUGGGGAUACCAAUUCUCGGAUUUCCGGCGCAGGGGAUGACAUAUUAAAGCGGUCAGCCAUCUCACUUGAAGAUUCUGAGAAGAUUCGUAAUCUACUGCAAAUCUAUUUUACUCUCAAGCCGGCUCUUCAGACACGAUUACUCGUCUUGCUGAGUAAAUCCGCAAUUUCAACAACAUUUCCGCAGCAAAUUGUCAAACUUGUGCAACAGGCAAUUCAACCAGACGACAACACAAAUCUCCCAGCCAAAGGCCUUGAGACCGUGAAAUUCCGAAAUGCAUUAUUUAACUAUAUGAAUUGGGUAUCGCGCGUAGGUUCAGCUAAGGAUCUUGAGCAGGUCGCUCCUCCAUUGGUUGACUUAUUGCGGAGCUAUAUUGAAGACCAAGGUUGGCCUGUCCCUCAUGACAGAUCAUCGGACGCCGCUUCUUUACGAGCUCUGGCUUAUGAGACACUGGGAUCUCUAGCCAAGACCACUCCGUCCAUUGCUCUCAAGCAAGACUUGUCACUCGUCCGAUGGCUUUUCCGGUCGUUGACAGAAGAAGGGUCUUCAGAGACCAUAUUCGUCAGCAUUGAAGGCGCUCUUUCGAGCCUAUUAAAUAUAUUCGCCCCCCCACUAGACUCCGAAUUGAAGCGCGAGUUACGCUUGCUGCUCCUGAAGUACAUGACGUUAGUGGAAGGCGACGGUGUUGUGCGGAGCGCUCGGUUCUCCACUGUACGUUGGGCGAAUCGAUGCCUUGAUUAUAGCGAUAUCGUUGGACGAUGGAUCGAUAUACUAGCCCUAGGUGGUCGUACAGACGAACGCAGUGAUGUGAUAGAAGAGGGCAAAAAGGGCCUGGAUCCUUAUUGGUACCGACUCUUGAACUUAUCAGUUACUUCUGACUGUCCCCUCCCUGAUUGGAGCGAGAUGGUCAAGGUAUUUUUCACUGGCCAAAGCAUCCUCGAAAGUUCGACAGUUGCCAAUAGCAUGAAGAGCGGCAUGGAAAUUGAUGGGGUAUCUGUCUUUGGAAAUUUCUCCGGAACAAAGAUCAACGCUUUCUCGUCCGCCGUUGGUUACUGUCGUCAAAUGCUCCUGAUGGCUGCCUUGGAAGUAUCUGAAAUUUCAUUUGAUGUCGAUGCGGAUUGGGAGCGCCAACUGGAUGUUCUCUUUCGCUCUGACAAGCAGGCCCGAAAGCUCACCAAGGCCUACAUUAAGACUAUUGACCGGGAUGCGUUACACAUAUAUCUCACUGCGGCUCUGGAAGGCAUGUUGCGGAAAGAUGGAAAUGGCCUCGAGGGCUGUGGCAAAUGCUUCGUCGAAAUAGCUUCAAUAGCGCCCAGUGAGACCAUUGGUCGCCUUGCUGGAAGGGCUAUUGAGCUCCUGUCUUCUAUCAAGUCGAAUAACAUAGCAACACGCGAGAUUGCUUCGCGGGCGUUUGGGAUUCUUGCUUCGCAUCCAGAGACUACUACCGACUCGAUCCAUAAACUGGUCGAAUCACUUUCGGCCGAUAUAAAGCCUUGGGCGACUGCUGUGGGCGCGGAAUCAAACAAGGUCCAUGGCUCAAUUCUUGCAAUUGGCUAUCUACUCAGCCGGGCUUCAUACUAUGGCCGACUCAAUACCAUAAGCGAUGAUACUGUUCAAGAAGUUAUCAAUUUGCUAUUUGAGAUUCUGGCUGGCGCAAAAGAUACCACUACGAAAGAGGCCGUGCUAAAUGCAAUUGGGCAGCUAAGUGCUUCUAGCGUCAUAACGGUUGCACGCAUCGAAAGCUCCCCCUCAGAGCCUACCACUAUCAUUGAUUUGUUGGCUGCUGAAGCAAAAAAGGGCAACGAGAAGGCAAUCUCUACCCUCGGUCGCCUAUCUCUUGUAUUCGACGAGGAUCCGGAAUCUGGGCCCCUUUCUUCAAUCCUCUCAACCCUGUACGGACUCUACGAAUUAAAACAGGCCGAAAUCCACUUCUCUAUCGGAGAAGCCCUCAGCUGUGCGGGUGCGUGCUGGGACUCCGACGUUCUCCUCCUCAGUCUAGAUGUAGAUGCCAGUUAUGAAGGACGAAAGAAGCGACCAAGCACGGCCGAAUCCCUCCUCGCCAAGUUAUUACAGGACUGCAAGACGACCAAACCGUCAUUGAAAAAGGCGUCUGGUAUUUGGCUUUUCUGCCUGAUUCAGUACAGUGGCCAUUUAGAUGAAGUUCAAUCGCGUUUACGAGAAUGUCAGGCUGCCUUCAUGGGUCUACUUUCCGCUCGUGAUGAGCUUGUUCAAGAAACUGCUUCGCGUGGUCUCAGUCUUGUUUAUGAGCAGGGAGAUGCGACGCUGCGGGAGAAGCUUGUAAAUGACUUGGUUUCGUCGUUCACCGGCAGUAGUACGCAACUCAAAGUCGACGAGGAGACUGAGCUCUUCGAGCCUGGUGCACUGCCCACGGGCGAAGGAAAAUCGGUCACAUCGUAUAAAGACAUCAUAUCGUUAGCGAAUGAGGUUGGUGACCAAAGUUUGGUGUACAAAUUCAUGUCCCUUGCGGCGAACGCUGCCACCUGGUCGACUCGAGCAGCGUUCGGGAGAUUCGGGCUGAGCAAUAUACUCUCCGAGUCUGAGAUCGAUCCAAAGCUCUACCCGAAACUAUAUCGGUAUCGGUUCGACCCCAAUCCUAACGUACAACGCUCAAUGAACGGUAUCUGGAGCGCCCUUGUCAAAGAUUCGAGUGCAACAAUCGACCUCUACUUUGAUGACAUCUUGGCAGACCUCUUGACUAGCAUCCUAGGCAAAGAGUGGCGAACAAGACAAGCAAGUUGUGCAGCCAUUGCAGACCUUGUUCAAGGCAGGGAGUUUGACAAGUAUGAGAAGCACCUUCACAACAUCUGGCAGGUUGCAUUCAAGGUACUUGAUGAUAUCAAAUUAUCUGUUCGUGAGGCUGCUCUCUCUCUUAGCAUGGCCUUGACGGGAAUUAUUGUUCGGCAACUUGAGGCCGGGACUUCCUCUAAGAGUGCUCAAGCCAUGCUCAAGGAAGUUAUGCCAUUCCUUCUCUCGGAACAGGGUAUGCAGAGUUCUGCAAAAGAAGUCAGAGUAUUUGCAACAUUGACGGUUUUGAAGCUUGUCAAAAGUGGCGGAAAAGCUCUAACGGCUUUCGUACCUAAUCUAGUUGAGGAGUUGAUCGGCCUCCUAAGCACAUUAGAAGGCGAAGGGGUCGACUACAUCUACCUACGAGCAGCCCACUACAAUCUUACAGAGGAGAAGAUUGAUAAUGCUAGGUCAACAGCAGUAUCGCAUUCGCCUAUCAUGGAAGCUAUUGAGCGCUGUCUCGACAUCCUAGAUGAACCAACCAUGAAGGAAGUCGUUCCCCGCCUUGAAAAUGCUAUCAAAACUAGCAUUGGUAUGCCAUCGAAGAUUGGCUGCAGUGGCAUUCUCGUCAGUCUUGCCACACGACACACUUUUGUCUUCCGCAGUCAUGCCGAUACCUUCUUGAAAUUGAUAGAGAAGGCUGUUCUGGAUCGCAACAAUGCAGUUAGUGCUGGCUAUGCUAGAUCUGCUGGAUAUUUAGCCCGCCUUGCAAGCGACGACGCCCUAUCACGUCUCGCAGACUAUUCGAGGAAGUUGUACUUCGAAGGAGAAGAUGAGACUCGCCGGCAAGUAGCGGCAGAUAUUAUCUAUGCCGUUUCAAAGUUUGCUACGGACCGGUUUAACGCCUGGGCAUCAUCGUUUUUGCCAUUUGUGUUCUUCGCCAAGCAUGACUUUGAUGAGCACGUCAAGGAGCAGUUUGAAAAGACGUGGACCGAGAAUGUGGGUGGCUCAAGGGCGGUGCUUCUCUAUUCGAAAGAAAUCAACGGUUUAGCUGUUGAGCGUCUCGAAUCUCCGAGAUGGACCAUCAAGCACACCGCUGCCUUAACCAUCGCGGAUGUUGUUACAUCAUCUGGAUCGGAGAUCAGUAGUGUAAAUGCUACCGGCAUCUGGCCUGCUUUGGAGAAAGCCCUCGCCCUCAAGACCUUUGAUGGCAAGGAAAUUGUCCUCGAGGCCUUUGUGAAAUUGACUAAGGCGGCGAAGCCCUUUUGGGAAAAGGAUCCUAGCAUCGCUGCCCAGAUGAAAAAGAUCGCCAUCCGAGAAGCAAAACGAAAUAAUGAGACCUAUCGACCUCACGCAUUUAGUAGCUUGGGGGGGUAUAGCGAACUACGUAUAGACAUCGACAUGUUUGAUGAUAUCUCGAACGUCGUCACACCAAUACUUGAAGACGUCAUUAGUGAAGAUAAGAUGGAUACUUCGGAUGACAACAAGCCCGGGAAAACGGAAGAUAUGUUGGUGACAAACGGCAUCUCAGCUUUAUUCCGCGGUGUUAACACAAAGCACCCUGAUCAUUCUCCGUUAUCCCACCUACCAGAUCUGUUAGAGAUCUCUAAGAAGGUCUUUGCCUCUACCAAAGUCACAAAUGCCACCAAGAUGGCGCUCUAUGAACGCGCCAAAGCCCUGUUCGAGGGUCUCCGCCAGCGAGAGCAAGUACAAAGUACCAGUAGCUAUGACCUAGCCGUCGGGUUCUUCGCCUUGCUCGAUGUACCUAGUGGAUCUGGGAGCGAGAGCAUGAGAAUCAAGAGAGGCGAGGCUGCGGAGAUGAUUGUUCAAGCUCUUGAUCGCGGCGUUUUUGGAACUGCUACGGAAGAGAGGGAGGCGUGCAAAGAGAAAAUGAGGAAAAUGGCCCAGGAAGGAAGGAUAUCUGAAAGGUCCCCUGGAGUCCAGGCUGUUCUUGAUAGAGUUAUUAAAUGUCUUCGGGGCGGCCCGUUCCGAAAUUAUGCCAUCCUCACGAGCCAGGCACCCGAACUUUUUUCUUUUGUGCUUCCACCUCAGCAUCUUCCACAUCUCAACCGGCCACUCACUCACAAUGGCGUCUCCCCUCCCAAGGCUGUUCUCGCGGCGCUUCCUCUGCCAGCAAUGGACGCCAUUACAAAAGACCCGCAGCUCAAUAAUAUGCCGCAACCUUCGAGCUCCCCGAGGGCGACGCAGCUACGCGACAGGCGAAAGCGGCCCCAAUCCGCGUCCGGGCCAGAACCCGUUCAAGAUAUGGCCUUUUAUCGCCAUCACGCUCGCGGGAACAGGAGCGUAUAUAUUGAUGGUGAGGAGUCGGCGAACUCCCAGAUCGCCGCUCCUAAGAAAGACACUCCGACAUUCUCCCCCUCCGACGUCACAGUGCUCUUCGUCCUCGGCGGUCCAGGUGCAGGGAAAGGCACACAGUGCGCGAAUCUCGUCCGCGACUAUCAUUUCACGCAUCUAUCAGCGGGCGACCUGCUGCGCGCAGAGCAAAACCGCGAGGGCUCCGAGUUUGGCGAUCUGAUCAAGGAGUAUAUCCGCGAUGGCAAGAUCGUGCCCAUGGAGGUGACGGUGCAGCUUCUGGAGAAUGCCAUGACGGAGGUGGUGCGCGCGGAUAAGGAGGGCAAGGGGAAGUUCUUGGUCGAUGGGUUCCCCAGACAGAUGGAUCAGGCGCUGAAGUUCGAGGAGUCGGUUGUUCCGGCGAGAUACGUCUUGUUCUUCGAUUGCCCCGAGAAGGUCAUGGAGGCCAGGUUGUUGGAGAGGGGGAAGACUAGUGGAAGGGCGGAUGAUAAUGCGGAGAGUAUCAAGAAGAGGUUUAAGACGUUUGUGGACACCAGUAUGCCGGUUGUGGAUUACUUUGAGAAGCAGGGACGGUUGUUGAAGGUCUCGGCUUCGAAUUCCCCAAAGGACGUGUAUAAGGAUACUGUAGGGAAGCUUGAGGGUGCUUUAGGCAAGAACUUUUAA